UUCAUUUUAAAACUUUGCAAAGCACAUUGGGACGCGAACACGUCGCGUCCAGCAAUCCGCUCCUCGCUGGGCGAACUGGUAAUCGAUGGUUUCAUCCGGUGUUCCCCCCCCCCUCAGGGCUGGCUCUGUGAGCUGCUGCGCUGGAAGGAGGAUCCGUCCCCGGAGAACCGCACGCUGUGGGAGAACCUCUCCAUGAUCCGCCGCUUCCUGAGCCUCUGCCAGGCCGAGCGCGACGCCAUCUACGAGCAGGAGAGCAGCGCCGGGCAGCAGCAGCAGCAGCAGCACCACGGCGAGCGCCCCGCGCACCUGAUGCACAUCUCCGCCGAGCUGCCGCAGGCUCAGUCGCAGCAGCAGCACCACCAUCACCAUCACCACCACCAUCAGCAGCAGCAGCACCAUCAGCAGCAACAGCCCUCCCUGUCCCUGCAGCACCCCUCCCAACCCCUUUUGUCCCAGCAGCCCCUGCAGCAGCCGUGCGCCGGCCCCCGGCUGCCGCCUCGGCAGCCCUCCACCGCCUCCCCGGCGGAGAUGGAGGAGGAGGGCGGCCGCGUGGGGAGCAUCAAGGCCCGCACCUGCGGGGGGAAGAUCUCCCUGGAGGCCCUGGGCAUCCUGCAGAGCUUCAUCCAGGACGUGGGCCUGUACCCGGACGAGGAGGCCAUCCACACCCUGUCGGCACAGCUGGACCUGCCCAAGCUCACCAUCAUCAAGUUCUUCCAGAACCAGCGCUUCUACGUCAGUCACCCGGCCAAGGCGCCCAAGGAGCCCAGCGGCGGCAACAACAACAACAACAGCAACAACAGCAACAACAGCACCACCACCAGCAGCAGCAGCAGCAGCCCGGCCUUCGAGGAGGAGCUGACGGACUUCAGGGAGAGCGGAGAGCUGCUGAAGGAGCUGGACGACAGCACGCAGACCAACAGCACCAUCUUCUCCAUCAAGAUCGAGGAGCAGCUGGCCCGAGGCGCCGAGGCCCAGUCGGAGUCAGAGCACGAGGCCAAGGAGUAGGACGCACCCCCCCCCCCCCAUAACCUCCCCCCCCUCCUCCUCCUCCUCCUCCCCUCUGUCUGAACAUGUACUGAGAGCUCCUGUUGUGCACGCACACACACACACACACACACACACAGACUGUGCUAAAUGGAGACGCUCCGGCCGAACCGCCGCACUGCAAAUAAAGAAAAGGGGUGUUUUUAAUCAGCGUCUGGACUAAAGGAGGAGUGUUUAUAUAUAAAUACAUACAUAUAUAUAUAUAUAUAUAAAUCAUUCAGACGGACCCUGAAGUGUUGAGCCCACUGGAAAAAUCAUUUCAGACAAGUACUACUUUUUGGAUUUUGUAAAACUUGUAUUAUUCACUGUCAAGACUGAUGCAUCACGUAAAUAAUCUGCACAAAAAAAAACAAAAAAAGAUUCUAAUUACGUUGCCGUGGACAUUUGCCGACUGCACUCUGUUUUACACUGACUUACUUUAUCUUUUUGAGCGACUGACUAUAAGAGAAGAAAAAAAAAAAAAAAAAGUCUCUCCUGGAGUUUGCUAGGACUUUGCUAGGUGUUUACGUAUGUGAUGUUUAAAUGGAUUUAAAAAAGAAAAAAUAAUAAAAAAUAAAAGACGUUAAUGAUAGCAAAUGAAAUCCGGCCUUAAUUAUGAGGUGUCAAGUGUGGAGCCCGCGGGCGGAUUAGUUAUUCUUUUAAAAAGCUCACGACGUGAUUAUGGAACGCCAUCACCUGGCCCAGGUGACCCCCCCCCCCCGAGAACAGCUUGGUCUCUACAUAUUAUUUGUUCGGGAGGAAAUAUAAAUAUAUAUAUAUAAAGACAUUAUAUUGUAACUGUUAAAAAGAAAAAAAAGAAAAAAAAAAAAAAAGAUACAGUCUUAAAGAAACUAUGCCAACAAAUGCCUUGUACUAUACGGCACUGCCGAAGUUUAGAUUAUUUUGCAAAACCUUUGUCACUGUAACUCUCUGAUUUUGCCACAGUUAGAAAUGUGAAUUACACCAUGUUUAUGUUGUCCAACAUUAUUUAUUUGCAGUUCAUGCAGUGUUUCUGAUGUAAUUAUUUUAACGUAGAGCUUAAGAUUUUUUUUUUUAAUUUUAUUUGACAGACCUUUUCUUUUUCUAUUUAUAAAUGUGAUUUUCGAUGGGCAGUAAAAACAAAAAGUGUCUUAAACGUUUUAAAUGGAGAAAUGUGCUUUACAGGUUGCCUAUAAAAAGUGCUGUAUGUUGAGCAACUCAUUGCUACAAGCUUCACAAUUAAUGUUGUAUGCAAUUUUUACUAUCAUGCAAAUAAGCUUAGGUAAAACGACGACUCGGUGAGACUGACCUAAUAGAACACCUUAGAGAGAAAAACAUAUGCAAUCUGUGUGAAAAUCGAUGUCUGCGAUGUGUCUUCCUUUGGUUAACAAUCCAAUUCAAAAAGCUAUUCCUGUAUAAAUAUUCUGUAUAAAAGUGUUUUUUUUUUUUUUUUAAAUCGGUUUAUUUCAAGGAGAACACCAGUUAUUUUGUUACGACUGACUGUUUUCUAAGUGUUUAAGGGUUCCUUUCUGCAGAAAUGUUCUAACUAGAAGUGGUUAUUGAUUGUUAAUUACACAAUUAAACUGUUUGUAUUGUACCACAGAAUUCUUGGCAUUAACUUGACCAGACUCAAGAGGAUUGCUUCUUCUUUUUUUUUUUUUUUUCUUCUUGUUCUUCCUCUGUGGACAAAAGAUGAAACGAUGUGAACUGUUCUUAAAUCCACUGCUGAGAGACAUCGACCCCUCGUCGCUGAACACGUCAUUUGUAAUAACUGUAAAUAUCACAUCUUAUGAAUCAUUGAUUGUUUAUUGCUGUAAAUACAUUUGAAGUCUGUGCAAGAGCUCGCCGUACCAAUCAACGCUCUGUGGUGCCUCUUCCUCUCAGGCCGCCUGUACCCGGGCCUCUUCACUCCCCCCCCACCCCCCUCCGCUGAUCGCACCUUUUCGGCGAGGUGCGAGCGCCGCCGGCGGGGAGCGAAGGAACAGAGGACGGGCGCAGGGGCCCUGACCUCGCCGUGAUCCCCGGGGCGAGGCCAGGAUUCUGCACCUUUUAGGACCCCCCCCCCC